AUGGAGCUUGUGGUGACGCUGCCGGCGGAGGUCUUCCGCUGCCGGAUCUGCUUCGUCACCAAGGCUGCCGGGAGACCAACUUUUGGCGAGUACAAGGACCACUCGGCCCUUCUCCGCCACUACAGGAGGCUGCACGACCCGGAAACGGUCCCCAUUUUCGGGUGUCUGUUUUGCGGCCGACGCGACCCGCGGCUGAAGAUGCUGCGUGCACAUCUGCGGUUCUGCAAUGCAGAGUCCGCCACCCCCGGCGCUGCCAGUCGGGGGAGAGCGUCUGCGACGCCCAGGACGGCGGUGGUUGCUACCCCCGCGUCGUGUGUACUGUGUGUGCGCACGCCGAGGAGGUCUGGCAUCCCCCUGCCGACACGCUCUGCGACGUCAACCGCGCCGCCACGAGUGCCGAGCGCAAGUUCGGGAGGUGAAGGCAGCACGCUGCCGACGCCUGCCGCCGAACGCGUCGCUCCGGCCAGAGGCGCAGUGUCCGGCAAAAGCCGCGGCUCGCCACUGCCCGCGCCGGCCAUUGCACCCAGUGGCAUACGCUGGCCACGUCGUGCGGCUGCCGCAGACGCCUCCCGCCCGCCAUCUGUCGGGAGCGUGGGUACCGGCCUGGGACUGCCGCCCGCAUUCGCUACGCCGCCAACAGGUGACUCUGUGAUGCGGGUGGGCAGUGGCAGGCGGUUUGCCUCGCUCGCCGCGGCCGACGCAGACCACCGCUUCCGGACCGACGGCGCAUUAUACCGCCCAGUCCGCGUAACAGAGGCCCGGCGCGAGCUACACCUCGUGUUUCUCGCGCCCGCGGCGGGCCGCUGGCGACCGCCGGGCCAUCUGUUGGCGGCGUGGCGAACAACAGGCGCGGUGCGCCUGACCCGAGCGCCAAGCCACCAGCAGCAGCGCACCGCGGCCAGGGCCGCGCCGACGCUGCUGCCAAUCCCCCUCCCCCUGCCCCUACACGCGGCCGCAGUGGGCAGCGCAGUGGACGUGGUGCACGGCGCGCGGCGGCCGCCGAGCGUCGGUACGACGCGAGUGCAGCGUCAGAUUCAGAAGCUGUACCGCGCGGACCAGCGCAAGGCGAUGCAGCACGUCCUUGGCGAGACGUCGCCGUACUGCCAAAUCAAUGGCAACGUGCUCACGGAGCACUUCAGGAAAACAUACACUAAGUCUGACUUUUAUGUUUCAGAUGCACCAGCUGCUGUCCCGGACUUUGCCGCCACCACGCCUCCUGAUGUCAGCGAGGAGGUCCUGCCGCCGAUCACCCCUUCAGAGGUGCAACAGCGGCUCCAGAAGGCGAGCAAUACUGCUCCUGGGGCAGACGGAGUCACCCACUCCGACUUGCGACGUGAGUAUCCUGGCUGCCAUGUGCUAGCUAGGAUCUUCUCGCGCUGCUGGAAUGAGCGGAAGACUCCGGUGCAGUGGAAAGUAUCCACUACCGUCCUCAUCCACAAGAAAGGGGACGUCUCGGACGUGAUGAACUGGCAGCCUUUAGCAUUGAGCUCCACCGUCUCUAAGCUCUUUGCUGCAAUCGUUGCGGAUCGUACAACCCUCUGGGCAGAGCGUUUGAACCCGCUCUCCCCAGAACAGAAGGGUCUCCGCACUUUUGAAGGCUGCUAUGAGCACAACUUCAUUGUACAGACGGCGAUUGAUGAUGCAAGGCGCAGGGGAGGCCAAGCAUGCUUUGCUUGGCUUGACCUGGCGAAUGCUUUCGGCUCAGUGCCUCACGCUCACCUCCUUGGAGUACUGAGCGGGAUGGGACUACCAGAGCAAUUGCACCACCUAAUUGCCGAUAUGUACAAUGGUUGCUCCACCCGCGUCCGUACAUCUGACGGAGGAGAUUGA